GCGUGCGGCGCUGGCGUUCGGGGCGCUCGGGGCGUCUGGCGGGCCUGUCGGCCAUCAGGGGACCCAAGCCGGGGUUGGGACCUCGCCACAGACUAAGAAAAAUGGCCCUGUCAGCCCAACAGAUACCCAGAUGGUUCAAAGCAAUUAAAUUGAGUAGCUUCAUUAAUGCUCCUCAACUCACAAAAUGUUUUACUAAACCGGGAAAAACACUGUUGCAUGGCUUUUCUGCUGAGCCUCAGAUAUCCUCUGGUAAUUGCUUUCUCCAAUGGGGAUUUAAGACUUAUAGAACUUCCUCCUUAUGGAAUAGUUCUCAGUCUACCUACUCAAGUAGCAAAGAAAAUAAUUCUGCCCAAGAUACACUGCUUCCUUCCGUGAGUGAGCAAUCACAGAAGACACAAAAGAUAUCCAGCUUUGAUUCUGAACUGUCUCUGGAAGGGCUGGAUGACUUGCCUCCUUUGUCUCCAAUGCAGCCAAUUUCUGAGGAGGAGGCUGUUCAGAUUAUUGCAGACCCUCCAUUGCCCCCAGUUUCAUUCACACUUAAAGACUAUGUGGAUCAUUCAGAGACUCUGCAUAAGUUAGUGCUUCUGGGAGUGGAUUUAUCCAAGAUAGAAAAACAUCCAGAUGCAGCCAACCUCCUUCUGAGACUGGAUUUUGAAAAAGACAUUAAGCAAAUACUCCUGUUUCUUAAAGAUUUGGGUAUAGAGGAUAACCAACUGGGAACAUUCCUGACUAAAAAUCAUGCUGUUUUCUCUGAAGACCUUGAAAAUCUUAAGAUCAGGGUGGCUUAUUUGCAGUCAAAAAAUUUCAGUAAAGCAGAUGUUGCACAGAUGGUCAGAAAAGCGCCAUUUUUGCUGAAUUUUUCAGUGGAAAGACUGGAUAACAGAUUGGGAUUUUUUCAGAAAGAACUUGAACUUAGUGUGAAGAAGACUAGAGAUCUGGUAAUUCGUCUCCCAAGGCUACUAACUGGAAGUCUGGAGCCUGUGAAAGAAAAUAUGAAGGUUUAUCGUCUUGAACUUGGCUUUAAACAUAAUGAAAUUCAACAUAUGGUCACCAGAAUCCCAAAGAUGUUAACUGCAAAUAAAAGGAAACUGACGGAGAUGUUUGAUUACGUGCAUAAUGUAAUGAGCAUCCCCCACCACAUCAUCGUCAAGUUCCCACAGGUAUUUAAUACAAGGUUGUUUAAAGUCAAAGAAAGGCAUUUAUUUCUUACCUACUUAGGAAGAGCACAGUAUGAUCCAGCAAAACCUAACUACAUCUCUUUGGACAAAUUAGUAUCUAUUCCUGAUGAAAUAUUUUGUGAAGAGAUUGCCAAAGCCUCAGUACAGGACUUUGAAAAAUUCUUAAAAACUCUUUAGUUUUUGAUGAAUGCUGAAAUGUAAUAUUGUAAAGAAAGUGUGUGUAUAUCUAUGUGAAUAAAUGAGUAUAUGUUUAAAUUUAAA